GGCGGCAGGACGGCUCCGUCUUCGAGGGGCAGUUUCGCGGCCGGGACAGGCAUGGAUAUGGUAAGUUCACCUGGAGCGGCGGCGGCAGCUACGAGGGCAACUUCGACGCCAACGACAUGCACGGGGAGGGCUCGUACAUCUGGAGCGACGGCAGCAAGUACCAGGGGCAGUGGCAGCGGAACAAUAUGGGCCCCUUCGGCAUCAUGAUCUGGACCGAUGGCCGGAGGUACGAAGGACAGUUUCGGGACGGCAAGAAGCACGGAGAGGGGAAGCUCACGUGGCCCGACGGACGGUCAUACGUGGGCCAGUGGGAGUGCGGCAAGCAGCAUGGCGUCGGGACUACCGUCACCGGAAGGGGCGUGUCCCGCAAGUCUCAGUGGGACCACGGCAAGCUGGUGAAGUGGCUCGACGACCGAGACGGGCGCAGACAGCCUGGGCGGCACGAGGUAGUUCUCUGGCCGCGCCUCCAGGGCCUCCAACAAGGGCGCCGGCGGGCAGAUGCACGUGUUAUCCGACCGCCGAGGCAUGAUCGCGCCUGGCACCGUCGGGCACGCUACGCGCGGCUAUCCUCAGUCUCGAGGAGGGGGAGGGGGGCCGUGGUCGUUGGCAGGAGGACCGGAGACUAUUCAUGCUUUGCUCGCCCCACGCCGAGAGGCGAAGCCGUGACUGCCUAGAGCAAAGACCGGGUAGCGGCCGCUUCGGGCGCCGGGAUGGUUUCGGCCGAUUGCACUGCAAGUGCCUGACUGUUUUCCCCGCGACCCCAGCUCACGCUACGGACGUUUACACGUUGCUUGAGCUUGUGUAUCCUACGUAGUCAAUGCGCCCACGGGUUGCAGAUCCUAGGGAUCGACCAGGUAGCCAACGCGCGCAAUGUUCGACAUCUCGACUGACCACGCGCGUGAGUGCGCGAUGCUCAAUGCAAAAGCGAUUGGUCG